AUGACGCUCAAGCAGUUGCUCAUGAGCGCGCUGCUCGCAGCACCCGCGCUGGCUCAUCCGGCCCACAAGGAGAAGGUGUACGCGCACGCGGCCCUCCCCCUCGAGCGCAAGUCUCUGGCCCACUGUGCGGCCAAGUUCAACGAACCCGAGUUCGUCAAGAGGACGGUCGAACACCAUGGCCGCGAGUUGCAUCGGCUGAAGCGUGCGCGAGGUAUUCCGGUUGAGGAAAAGCCCAAGAUAAGCCCGCGCGACUACCUCGAUGUCAUCAAGAUCGACCACAAGAGCAACAAGACGGUCACCGAGGGGAUGGAUCUCAGCACGCUGUUUGAGGACUACGGGGCCUGCAUGCUGAUGCCUGCUGUCGACCAGGGCCCUCUGUACGUCAAAGGAGAGGAGGUCCGAAAGGACAUUACGAAUGGCGAGCCGGGCAUCCCCUUGACCCUGGCGAUCCAGGUCGUGGACUACAAGACGUGCGAGACGGUCACGGAUGCGUUUGUCGACGUCUGGAGCUCCAAUUCGACUGGCUACCCGGGCAUGGGCGACCCCAACGACUCCUCGAUCCUGCAGGGUACCACCCUCCGCGGCGUGCAGCCGACCGACGACCACGGCAUUGCCUCUUUUGACUCGCUGUUCCCGGGCCACUACGAGGGGCGUGCUACCCACAUUCACGCCAUCGUCUACCUUGGCGCGACCAAGGAGGCCAACAACACGAUCACGGGCGGCCGGGCGGCGCACGUGGGCCAACUAUACUUUGACCAGAGUCUCAUCACCGAGGCGGACAAGCUGGCGCCGUACAACACCAACAGGAUGGCGAUUGUGUUGAACCAGAACGACUUCCUCUUCCGGGCGGGCGCCAACGGCGACGACCCGAUCGUGCGCUACGCCCUCGUCGGCAACAAGCUUGAGGACGGCCUGUUCGCCUGGAUCCGCUUUGGCAUCGACCAGAACGCCAACCUGCGCGUUAACCCGGCCGCCUUCUGGACGGAAAAUGGCGGCGUCAUGAACCCCACCGGCCCCAUCUCGCAGCUUCCUCCCGGCGGCUUCCCCGGCUGGCCUGGUUGGGGCAUGAGGAAGAGGGUAGAGGCGGCCUUGGCUGCCGCUCAGGCGCAGAACGACGGGUAA